UAUAUUCCUUUGAUUUUGUGAAAAUAAAAUCACUAUUAAUGGAAGGAAAAAAAAAAAAAAGGAAGAAAGAGAAUCGAAUUCUCCACCAACCUUGUUCUCCUAGUACUAAGCAAGUAACGGAAUUUCCAAAGCCUUCCUCUCUCUUAUAUUCAUCUAUACAGAGAAAAAAGAAGAAGAAGAAGAAGAAGCAAGCUUCAGUGGUCUUCACUCAUCGGUGAUCAUAUCAUAGCCUUAAGGUAAUUAAUUAAUUAAGAUGCAAGCAGCGGUAAUGUAUGGAGGGGUCGUCGUCAAAGGUAGCGUUAACAGCAAUUCUACAAGCCUAGCAGUUUGCUUUUCCAGAGCUCAAAAAGGCCGGAAUACGAAGCAACUCUCAUCCUCCAUUGAUUUCAGCAACACAAACUGUCAACUACUAUCUUCUUCUUCUUCUUGCAUGCCUCACCGCACCUCUUGUUUCGGAUUGCGUCUCGAUUCGUUCUCCUCUAUGGGAACCGAACUCACUCGCUCCUCUCUCUUCCGCUCCCGCCCCAUCGUCAAAGCUCUCGCUUCCGGAGGAGGAGGAGGAGGAGAGGGAGAUGUGGAAGAAGGUAGGCCAAUAAAAUCGGUUGAGGACGUUAAUUAUGUUGUGCCGCCGCAGCAGCAGCAGGGGAAAGCUUCGACCGGAACGGUUUUUCCGUUUGUUGGAGUUGCCUGUUUAGGGGCUAUUUUGUUUGGUUAUCAUUUAGGGGUGGUGAAUGGUUCACUUGAGUAUCUUGCUAAGGAUCUUGGGAUUGUCGAAAACACGACCUUACAAGGAUGGGUUGUUAGCACACUGCUUGCUGGUGCUACUGUUGGUUCAUUUACCGGAGGAUCAUUGGCUGAUAAGUUUGGAAGAACAAGGACAUUUCAGUUGGAUGCAAUCCCACUUACAAUUGGAGCAUUGCUUUGUGCUACUGCCCAGAGCGUACAUACUAUGAUAAUUGGGCGUCUUCUUGCUGGUAUAGGAAUUGGCAUUUCUUCUGCUAUCGUGCCACUUUACAUAUCUGAGAUCUCACCAACUGAAAUCCGUGGUGCACUGGGGUCUAUAAACCAACUUUUUAUAUGUAUUGGGAUCCUUUUGGCUUUGGUGGCUGGAUUACCAUUGGCAGGAAAUCCUAUAUGGUGGAGGACAAUGUUUGGCAUUUCAGCUGUCCCUGCUGUUCUAUUGGCUUUGGGAAUGGCAUUUUCUCCAGAAAGUCCACGGUGGCUUUUUCAGCAAGGAAAAUUUUCUGAAGCUGAAAAGUCCAUAAAGACACUUAAUGGAAAAGAAAGAGUUGCUGAUGUCAUGACCGACUUAAGUGUGGGUAGUCAAGGUUCUGCUGAGCCAGAAGCUGGAUGGUUUGAUCUAUUUAGCAGCCGCUAUUGGAAAGUUGUGAGCGUUGGUGUAGCACUUUUCUUUUUCCAACAAAUGGCUGGUAUAAAUGCUGUGGUGUAUUAUUCAACUGCUGUGUUCCGUAGUGCUGGCAUUGAAUCAGAUGUUGCUGCCAGUGCUCUUGUUGGGGCAUCAAACGUCUUUGGCACAACUAUUGCAUCUUCCUUAAUGGACAGACAAGGAAGGAAGAGUCUUCUAAUCACAAGCUUUUUUGGAAUGGCUGCCUCAAUGCUGCUGCUUUCCUUGUCCUUCACUUGGAAGGCCCUGGCACCAUAUUCUGGAACCCUUGCAGUUCUAGGGACAGUUUGCUACGUGUUGUCAUUUUCACUUGGUGCUGGUCCUGUGCCAGCUCUUCUUCUUCCAGAGAUAUUUGCCUCCAGAAUUAGAGCGAAAGCAGUUGCUUUAUCCUUGGGCAUGCACUGGGCUGCAAAUUUUGUCAUCGGCCUGUAUUUCUUGAGCUUCGUGAACAAGUUUGGGAUCAGCUCUGUGUAUUUAGGAUUUUCCGGCAUCUGUCUUUCUGCUGUGUUGUACAUAGCAGCUAAUGUUGUGGAGACAAAGGGACGCUCGUUGGAGGAAAUAGAGCGAGCUCUUAACCCAACAAUUUGAUCAGAUCAGGGUACUUGUCGCAAGGACACAAGGUAACAUGUCACUACACCUCAUGGACAUUGGCCUUAGGAUAGAUUGUGGUUUUAAUCCCCGGAGGGUUCAUUGUUCUUGCGGAACGUUCACUGGGCUUGCUUAUUGUCCGGCAUUUUCAAAUGCCAAAUCUCUGUUAUAACCAGCUUAGUGAACAAACUCACGAACAUGCGGGUCAUCAAAACUGAAUGUUGAGUAUCACAAAGAUUUUGUUUCCCAUGUGAUUGUUGAAUGAAAUUCUAUAUGACCAUUCCGCAGAGUGAUUAGAAAAUUAAGUGAAGCU